GCCCGGCUUGCCCCCAGAGCGGCGGCCGCGGGGGUUCUGGACUUGGUAGCCGCUUCCUGAGCCGCGGGGAUGGAGGCGUCGCGCUGCCGGCUCGGACCCCGCGGGGACAGUGCCUUUGAAGAUGAGACCAUGAAACUUCGACAGCUGAAACUAGAUAAUCAGAGAGCCCUGCUGGAGAAGAAGCAGAGAAAAAAGCGCCUUGAGCCGCUCAUGGUACAACCAAAUCCAGAAGCCAGGCUACGUCGAUCAAAGCCAAGAGGUAGCGAGGAGCAAACUCCUUUGGUGGAACCUCAUACCCCACAGAAUGAGGUCAUCCUACAUGGCAUUGAUGGUCCAGCUGCCUUCUUGAAGCCAGAUGCUCAAGAUUUGGAAACCAAACUUCAUGUUGUCUCAGUAGACUCUUCUGCUGUGGAAGAGGAUACCGAAGGAAGUGUUGAUGGAGAAGGCGCUUUGGAUACUGUGUCCAAGCCAGAUCUCCAGGAGAUUCUCCAAAAACAUGGUAUCUCAGGUAGUUUGAACUUUGAUGAAGAGGAGACCGAUGGGGAGGAAGAAGGAAAAAAAUUAUGUCAUUCACCAUAUUCAGUGGCAGAGAGACCCAAUUCUGCUUCUAGCCAGAAAUCAACCACAGAUACAGGAGCUUCUGGUUCUGCAUCCCAACAAACUGAUAACCAGCUGGGAGAAGUGGAGAAUUUAGAGGACUUUGCAUAUAGUCCUGCCCCUCGGGGUAUUACAGUAAAGUGUCGGAUAACCAGGGAUAAAAAAGGAAUGGACAGGGGUCUCUUCCCCACUUACUAUAUGCACUUGGAAAAGGAUGAAAAUCGGAAGAUAUUUCUUCUUGCAGGUAGAAAGCGGAAAAAGAGCAAAACAUCUAACUACCUUAUUUCCACUGAUCCAACAGAUUUAUCUCGUGAAGGGGAAAGUUAUAUUGGCAAGCUCAGAUCCAACCUCAUGGGGACCAAGUUUACAGUUUAUGACCAUGGUGUCAGCCCAACCAAGGCCCAAGGCCUGGUAGAAAAGGCCUAUGUCCGGCAGGAGUUGGCAGCCAUCUGUUACGAAACAAAUGUACUUGGAUUUAAAGGUCCUAGGAAAAUGUCUGUGAUCAUUCCAGGGAUGAAUAUGAAUCACGAACGGAUCCCAUUUCAGGCACGAAAUGACCACGAGAGCUUGCUUUCCAAAUGGCAAAACAAAACCAUGGAGAACUUGAUUGAACUGCACAACAAGGCCCCGGUCUGGAAUGAUGACACACAGUCCUAUGUCCUGAACUUCCAUGGCCGGGUCACUCAGGCAUCUGUGAAGAACUUUCAGAUAGUCCAUGACAAUGACCCUGACUACAUAGUCAUGCAGUUUGGACGUGUGGCAGACGAUGUGUUCACCCUGGACUACAACUACCCGCUGUGUGCACUUCAGGCCUUUGCCAUUGGCCUUUCUAGCUUUGACAGCAAGCUAGCCUGUGAAUGAGGGAAACAGCGGCGCCGAACUUUCUCACUCAGAGCUUUCAGAAGCCAAUAAUUGCCUCCUUUGCUUUUGCCCCAGGACAUGAAGAGCGAUAGGCUGCCCCUUUGGGAGUCAUCCCUGAAUGUAUGUAUAUGUGUCUAUACACAUGUGCGUGUUUACACAUAUGCCUAUGUGUACACACACACAUAUGUACACACACACUCAACUUCUCUGGGUUUUACAGACCCAGACAAUGAUCACAGCUUAACAUGGGUGAGAGGCUAUUCACAGCACAGGGGUUCUUUUUUUUUUUUUAAAUAAAUUAAUUUUUAUUGUUCAAUUUACCAACAUACAGAAUAACACCCAGUGCUCAUCCUGUCAAGUGUCCCCCUCAGUGCCCGUCACCCAUUCACCCCCACCCCCCGCCCUCCUCCCCUUCCACCACCCCUAGUUCAUUUCCCAGAGUUAGGAGUCUUUAUGUUCUGUGUCCCUUUCUGAUAUUUCCCACACAUUUCUUCUCCCUUCCCUUAUAUUCCCUUUCACUAUUAUUCAUAUUCCCCAAAUGAAUGAGAACAUACACUGUUUGUCUUUCUCCGAUUGACUUACUUCACUCAGCAUAAUACCCUCCAGUUCCAUCCACGUUGAAGCAAAUGGUGGGUAUUUGUCGUUUCUAAUGGCUGAGUAAUAUUCCAUUGUAUAUAUAAACCACAUCUUCUUUAUCCAUUCAUCUUUCGAUGGACACUGAGGCUUCUUCCACAGUUUGGCUAUUGUGGACAUGGCUGCUAGAAACAUCGGGGUGCAGGUGUCCCAGUGUUUCAUUGCAUCUGAAUCUUUGGGGUAAAUCCCCAACAGUGCAAUUGCUGGGUCGUAGGGCAGGUCUAUUUUUAACUCUUUGAGGAACCUCCACACAGUUUUCCAGAGUGGCUGCACCAGUUCACAUUCCCACCAACAGUGUAAGAGGGUUCCCUUUUCUCCGCAUCCUCUCCAACAUUUGUUGUUUCCUGCCUUGUUAAUUUUCCCCAUUCUCACUGGUGUGAGGUGGUAUCUCAUUGUGGUUUUGAUUUGUAUUUCCCUGAUGGCAAGUGAUGCAGACAGCACAGGGGUUCUUGUCCAGAGCACAUUGGUAACUCCUGAGGCUGUUGCCCCACAGAUUCAGACCUUGAGAGCCAGACUUCCUAUGCUUGGAGACAUGCAGCUAGAAUCAGGUCUAAUGAUUAAAUACUUGGGUCUUUUUUUUUUUUUUUUUUUGAAGACCUUUCCAGAGUGGGACAGUUCCCUAAAUUGCCUUUAGUCUUCAGGUCUGCACAUUUUUUCCAUAAAUGGCCAGAGAGUCCUUCACAGCUGCUAAGCUUUGUUGUAUUACAAGCACAGCCAUGGCCAGUUCAUAAACCAGUGAGUGUGGCUGUGUCCCACUGAAACGUUCUUUACAAAAAACAGGCAGCAGGCCAGAUUUGGCCUGGGGACUGGGUUGCUGGCCCCUGCUCCAGAUAUAUUUCUUUACGCUAUGGGCCUCUCGGCAUCUUCCAGAAUGGGCCUGUGGUCAUGAUGUCAUAUGAGUGGGAAAUGGACAACUCUAGGAAGCAACAGUCCCACGGACUGGAUCCAAAAAGGUACUCAGUUCCAUCCACAUAGCUUUUACCUUAUUUUUUAAAAUGUAUUUUUAUUAUUUUUUUUAAAGUAUGCUUUAUGGGCAGCCCGGGUGGCUCAGCGGUUUAGCGCCGCCUUCGGCCCAGGGCCUGAUCCUGGAGUCCCGGGAUCGAAUCCCACAUCAGGCUCCCUGCAUGGAGCCUGCUUCUCCCUCUGACUGUGUCUCUGCCUCUCUCUCUCUCUCUCACAUAAAUCAAUCAAUCAAUCAAUCAAUCAAUCAAUCUUAAAAAAAAAAGUAUGCUUUACAUCCAACAUGGAACUUAAACUCACGACUCUGAGAUCAAAAGUCAUGUGUUCUACUGGCCAAGCUGGCCAGGUACCCCUUAAAUUUUUUUAAUUAAAAAAAUAAAAUAAAAUAAAAUAUUUAAAUUUUAUUUUACUCUUUUUCAAGUAAGUUUUAUGUCCAUGUGUGGCUUUUUAAAUUUUUUAUUUUUAUUUUUAUUUUUUUUGAAAAGUAAACGUUGUGUUUACUUUGUUUUGGUGAUGAUGGCUUCUAGAGCAUCAUUUACCUUCAGAACUGGGAAAAACCCCAACUCAGUGAUCAUUUUGAGUCCACACAGGUAGCCUAAUUCUGUGUCCUGCUGGAAGUACCCAAGGUGGGGAGACAGUGUCAGCCACUUCACCAGCCUACGAGAAGAAUUUAAUGCUCACUUGGAAACAAAUCUAGUAUCGUCUGGUCCUGAUCAAAGGGAAUGUGGCAUUUGUGAGAGCUAUCUUGCUUUCCUUGUGGGGCUUGAAGGCAUGGAUGUCAGCGUGCCCCUCUUCCCUCUCUUCCCUUGGAGCCGGUUGGCUGGUAGCAAUCGCAGUCAAAACUGCUGUGACCAAAUUUGUGAUCAGUGCUGUGAGAACCGUAUUGUCUUAAUUUCAGUUGAGGCUGAAAGCAUAAACUCUAGAGGUGACUUAGUCUAAUGAAGCCUGAGAGUAAUAUGACAGUGGCCUUCAUUUCCAAUCCAGGAGUGCCUCCUACAGCCAUCUUACUACGGAGCCAUUAGCAUAGAAGGACACACAUACCCUGUAGACCAUGUGAGAGGUAAGAGGACAUCCUGUAUCAACACUUGUCAUUGUCAUUAUCCAGAGAGGCGGCAGGGAAGCUUUGGUGAAGAUCCACUAGCUGACUGAGCUCCACAGACCUUGUUAGGCAGAGCUUUGGGCCUUUCUUCUUAACAUAAAUAUUAUCAGCUCCCUAAAGCCUGGCUUAUUGGUACAGAUCAUGCUCCUGUCACUUUUCCUCACAGAUCACAAGAGUUUUGCCAAGUCUUUCAGAUAAUUAGCACUUCCUAACAAGUCAUAGGACUCUGCUUGCUACCGUUCCGCAGUCUCAGAAUGCCUCUGAAUCUUGAGAAUCCAGGAACUUUGUGAGUUCUGCAUUCAGCAUCGGUCACCUCCGAAGCCUGUAUGCACCAAACUCUUUGUCAGUAUGGGGCAAGGAAUCAGAGGUGCUUGUUCCAUUAUAUUUCCCUCCUGUAGAAUUCCUUUUUGGCUCUGCUUCCUGUUGGUCCUUGCUCCAAAUCAAAUAGCCAUGCGAAGGAAAGAGAUGUGGGAGAUGAAAAGACUCUGCUCAUCCCCUGCUGGCAAGUCCUACCUGCUUUGUUUUGACAUGAUUGGUUUCCAUCUCAGGCAUGCUUCCCAUCAAGUGCCUCAUUCAUAGAAGUGCCCUAAAGCCCUUCAGACCUCUGGCACCACCGUCCUGAUGUACUGUGUGACCCGCCCUGGUCGAAAACAGAAAGCUGUUCACUGCUCUCCAGCUGCAGUAGAUGACAGUGUCUGGGGACAGGGAGCCUGAUGGGGCGACUGGAUCUAAUCCUGCUUCCUCCUGCUCUGUCUGGCUCUGAGACACCUAUACCCCAGCUUCAUGUACUCUCUGCUUGAGUAUACAGGUGAUUGGUUUUAUAUAAAUCAUAUUUAUACCUUUUGUAUGCUACAGAAAUA